AUGGCGUCGAACCCGGAUUCUCACACUGCGAAUUCUACUGCUAGUAACGCUGCAGUCUCUAACGCGGAUGGAAGCACGAGCAGGAGGUUCCCAGAAUCGGGUUACCUGUCGCUGCAGCCAUAUGAUCCCCCGGAAUGGGCCUCUCAUUUGAGCCCCCUGCCCAGCCAGUUCCUCACUCUCGCACAUCGUCCAACGCCUAUUCACCGGUGGAACAUUCCAGAUCUCCCACCCGGCACGGAGCUCUACAUCAAGAGGGAUGAUCUUUCAGGAAUGGAGCUCAGCGGCAACAAGGUGCGCAAGCUGGAGUUUCUACUCGCUGACGCCCUCGCCAAGGGAGCAGACACGCUCAUCACCAUCGGAGGCAUCCAGAGCAACCACUGCCGCGCGACAGCUGUCGCCGCGCGAUUGGCCGGGCUCGAGGCGCACCUUAUCCUGAGGACCAGCAGGGCGCUAGCGGGCUCUGAUCCAGGCCUGGAGGGCAACCUGCUGGUGGAACGCAUGGUGGGGGCGAGGGUGCAUCUGGUUACCAAGGAGGAAUACGCCAAGCAUGGCAGCGAGCACCUGGGCAGGGUGUUGGCAGAGAGGCUAUCAGCUGAGGGAAGGAAGCCGUACGUCAUUCCUGUUGGGGGCUCCAACGCUCUCGGCACCUGGGGAUAUAUGGAGGCGGUGAGGGAGAUCGAGCAGCAGCUGAGCAGAGGCGAGGCGGGAGGUGCCUCCGGGUUUGACGAUAUUGCCAUGGCGUGUGGCAGUGGCGGCACCUCAGCUGGGUUGGCGCUAGGAGUGCACCUCAGUGCUCUCUCUUCGCGGGUGCAUGCCUACUCGGUGUGCGAUUCCCCUGGCUAUUUCUAUGACUACAUUCAAGGGUUGCUGGAUGGAGUGACUUCUAAGCCAGGGAGCGUUGCUUCAAGGGACCUGCUGCGAGUUAUUGACGUGAAGGGGGCAGGCUAUGCCAUAAGCACGGAGGAGGAGCUUCAGCUGGUGCAGUCAGUUGCUCAAAGCACAGGAAUAGUUCUCGACCCAGUCUACAGUGGAAAGGCCCUCAGGGGGUUGCUACAGGACAUGAAGCAGAACCCAGACGAAUGGGCGGGGCGGCGAGUUUUGUUUGUACAUACGGGAGGGCUGCUGGGUAUGUACGACAAGGUGCAGCAGCUUCUGCCGAUGGUGGGCAGGUGGGAGAGGAUGGCAGUUUGA